AUGAUAAGCCAUGAUGAUGAUGCUGUAGAGAGACACAGCCUGAGAGCACCUGAAGAGACAGAAGCUGCCCAAAGAGGCAAAAAACCCCUGGACUGGCGAACACAUUUUCCCAAAAUAAGAAGGACAGGUAAGUUGAAAAAGCUGCAGAGCCUCCUCGACAGCUGGUUGUGCUGUGUAUAGAUGCGAGCGUGUAGCCUGCAAGGCAGCUAUAUUUUCCCCUGGGAAUUAGGGCAGGGAUGGGGAGCUUCUUGCCCUCCAGAUGUUGCUGGACUAAAAGCCCCACUAUUCCUGCCCCUGUUGGUUAUGCAGUCUGGGGCUGAUGGGAGUUGAGGGCCACCAGUUCUCCAUGCCUAGUUUAGAAACCUGUUGGCGUUUGGCUUACAUUGUGUGUGUGUGUGUGUGUGUGUGUGUGUCUGCCUUUCUCCCCUUCCAGUUCCCAAAUACAUUUUUCUUCAAAAGAUCAAGUUCUUGCCGGUGUAAGUUAGAAGAAAAUAUUAAGCGGUAAGAUUGUGAUGUGUGCCGAUGCCACUUCACAAAACCUGCAGCAUGUGGAGUCUGUACAGGAGCUAGUCUUGUUCUCUGUAGAGUAUCUGCUGAUGCAAAUGAUAAAUUCCUGCACCUCUUAAUUCUUGCUCAAUUACCUGGUCCUUUUUUGUGAUAGAUGUACAUGCAUACAUGGGAGCAUAUUCACCCAGUGCUUUUCCAGCUGCACUGGUGGAGUACAGGGUCAGAUUUAAGGUGCUGGUUUUGACCUUUAAAGCCCUUCACAGCCUAGGGCCCUCGUACCUACAGGACUGCCUCUCCCGGUAUGCCCCACGGAGAGCCUCAAGGUCCAUAAAUAGCACCCUAGUGGUCCCGGGCCCUAAGGAAGUUAGAUUAGCCUCAGCCAGAACCAGGGCCUUUUCAACACUGGCUCCAGCCUGGUGGAACGCUCUGCCUCAUGAGACCAGGGCCCUGCAGGAUCUGAUUUCUUUCCGCAGGGCCUGUAAGACAGAGUUGUUCCGCCUGGCCUUUGGCUUUGAGCCAAUUUGAUUCCCUCCCCCUCUUUCUUUUUUCUUUUCCUUUCUCCUCCUGCGAUGAGGCUACAUUUUAAUAUUUUAAUGUUUCAAUAUUUUAAUGUAUUUUAAUUUUGUUUUUAAGUUGUAUUCAUUCAACUUGUUUUUUUUUAUUGCUUGUUAGCCGCCCUGAGCCUGGCCUUGGCUGGGGAGGGCGGGGUAUAAAUAAAAAUUAUUAUUAUUAUUAUUAUUAUUAUUUAUUAUACAUAGGACACUAACUUCUGCCAAGUCAGACCCCUGGUCCACCUGGCUCAGUGGCAAGCAGUAGCCCUGCAGGGUUCAGACAGGAGUCUCUCCCAGCAAUAAUUGCAAAUGCCGGAUUUGAACCAGGGACCUUUUGCAUGCAAAGUCCAUGCUGAACCACUGAGAUACAACUCUUCCCCAUUCCUCCUCCUUGUAUGCAGAUAAUUGCCAAAGGGUUGUCAUACGCCCGGGUUUCCCCAGACAUUUAAAACUGGUUCCGAAGUUUCCAGCCAGAAGCAAUUUUCAAAGGCCAAAUACUGGCAAUGUCUGGUCUGGAAAUUUCUGAACAUAUGGCAGCCCGUGUGUGUCUCUGUGUGUAAUGUUGAUAUGCUGCAUUAAUCAGUCUGGAAUAUCUGACAUAUCCCUCUUCCUGAUUUCCAAUCAGUGAUCACGUCCUCUAAAAAUAGAUGGUUCUCUCUUUUCAGUUUAUUGCUGAAAAAUUAUACACUGCUUGAUUGUAAAAAAAACCGCUCUAAGCAAUGAGAACAGUUAAAAACAGGUAGUAAAAACAUGUAAUUUCUUUUUAAGUAUAUUAAUUGUUUUUAAAUGUUUUCAUUGGUAAUGUGACUUUCUUGUAAACUGCUUAGAGGUUUUAUACAUUGUCCUUGGGGGUCUGUCUGAACAAGAGUCAUGUGAAAAUUGCUGCAAGCGGCACACUGGCGUGGUUUUCUGCAGAGCUCUGGCCACAUUCUUGAAAAUCCUAUUGGGAUUUGUUUACCCGAAGUGAGCCUGUUUUUCAGAAGUAUAUAUAUACAGCUGCUGGAAUGUAUAAACUUGAGGUAUACAAGCCUCUCAUGUUUGAAGGAUUAUCCUUACCAAGCCCUGCAAAAAUAUUGGCCAAAAGAUUGCCUCAAUCUCUCUGCUUUGGAGCAAAACCUAAUUUUGAAAUCUAGUAUCUUUUGGAUCAGUAGCUGAGAAUUAGCAUAUAAAUAUAUACAGUGGUACCUCAGGUUAAGUACUUAAUUCGUUCCGGAGGUCCGUUCUUAAGCCGCAAACUGUUCUUAACCUGAAGCACCACUUUAGCUAAUGGGGCCUCCCGCUGCGCCGCCGGAGCACGAUUUCUGUUCUCAUCCUGAAGCAAAGUUCUUAACCCGAGGUACUAUUUCUGGGUUAGCGGAGUCUGUAACCUGAAGCGUAUGUAACCUGAAGUGUACGUAACCCGAGGUACCACUGUAUAGCAUGUUAAAGGCCUUCCCUGUUUCAUGGCCCUCUCCCUGUCGCCCCAGAUUCCAAUUUUGCUUUUGCUUUUUGCAACGCUAUUUCCAGGAGUUAAUACAGGCACUGGGCCACUCAUUUGCAUCUUUGCAUUUCAUUAGCUUUUCUGAAGUGGGAAAAAACCCUCCCACAAUGAUAGUUUUCAGAGAGCCUUUUAAAAAGUUACUGGGAACCAGGCAGAGGGCCCUCUUGGUAGUGGUGCCCACCCUGUGAAAUACCCUCCCAUCAGACAUCAAGGAAAUAAACAGCUAUCUAACUUUUAGAAGACAUCUGAAGGCAGCCCUGUUUAGGGAAGUUUUUUAAUGUUUGAUGUUUUGCUGUGUUUUUAAUAGUCUGUUGCGAACCGCCCAGAGUGACGGGGCAACCCAGUCAGAUAGGCGGCGUAUAAAUAAUAAAAUUAAUAACAGUAACAACUAUUAUUAUUAUUAAUUUGCAUCUCGGGACUUAUGUAUGCUUUCUCUUGUCAAGCUGCUUCCCUUGGGUAAAACUGCUCUUUAGCGCUCAAUCAGAGCAAAUGGCAAUUCAAACACUUUUGUUUCAAGCAGCUUAGAAAUACAGAGGGGUGCCUGAAGAAUAGUGAGAUUAAAAGUCCCCUUGACUCCUUUGCUGGGCUUGGAAUAGGUUGCAUUUGUUCCCUCCAUGCCCCUCCAUGCCCAGCAUAGAAACAGAAGCAGUUGCCCAUCUGGCAGUCAUGGUGGUUUCUAUGCUGGGCCCUUCCCCGUCUUCCUCCCCCAUGCCUAGUGCAGACGUGGUUAAGGGAGAGAGGAAGCCACCUGCCCCCAUGCCAGCAGCUCACAGCUCAUUUACCUGCACACAGUUCCCCUUUCCCUAUAGCAACCAGAUAAGUGGUUAAACAGAAGGCGGUUUUUAAUAUAGCUAAGCCUUUUGGUUACAAAGGAUAAUGAAGAUUUGAAUAAACUGCUGCAGCAUGACGACCAGAAAAGCAAUUGGCAAUGGCAGGGGAGUCCACAUGAGCACAAAAUGUCAUCUUUGGCUACUGCAGCGUCUGGGAAGCUUUGGCUCUGCUUACUAUUCAAGUUCAGUUUCUUUUUUUAUAAAUAUUUUUUAUUGCUCAAUUUCAACAUAACAAAUUAUCAAACCAUAUAAUCACCUGCAUAAUUUCCCCCCUUUAUUUCCCCCCCUCCCCCCACCAAGGACUUUCCUCAGCUCCUCUCCCCGAUUUCGCUGCACAUAUUUUCUCUGCAUAUUAUAAAAUUGUAUAUAUCCUUACAUAUCUGUCCAUCAUGUUAUAAACAACAAAAUUGUGUAUGUUUAUUCAAAACCUGCCAAGGAGUCCAGUUCAUUUUGUUGUCUUUUAAAAUAAUUUGUAAAAAGUUCCCAUUCUUCUUUAAAGUCACAGUUGUCCUUAUCUCACAGUUUAUAUGUCAAUUUAUCCAGUUCUGGAUAACUCAUCAAUUUUUCUUGCCACUGUUCUUUUGUCGGGGGUUCCUCAUUCUUCCCAUCCUUGUGCUAUCAAGACUCUUGCCGCUGUUGUAGCAUACAUAAAUAAAUUCCUUAUUUUCCUUGGCAAGUCUUGCCCCACAAUCCCUAACAAAAAUGCUUCUGGGUUGUUUUACAAAUGUCAUUUUAAACAUUUUCUUCAAUUCAUUAUAUAUCAUUUCCCCCCAAAAAAAUUAAUUUCUACCCCUCCUGCCUCAGAUAUACUGAAAAGGAUUGAAGGUGAGUCAUGUUGCAGAGGCCGGAGAAAUGUCUUCUGCAUAUCCUCAGAUAAUUGAAGAUGCAUAUCAGUUCUGUAGAUGGUCUGUGAGACCAGUUGAAUUCUUCAGCUAUAGAUAAAAGAUUGCUCUUUCUGAGUAAAUGUCUUAUUUUGGCAAGGGUCAAUCCCUGUUUCCUUCUUGCUAUUCCUAGUAGUGAUCAGUUCUUGCCCCCAAAGGAUGAAUCCCAGAAUCGCCUGCCCAGUUUAACAUCCACUUUGCGGAUGAGCUGGAUGGGGCCACCUGUGAGGUGAGGCCUCCAAGCCUUACUGCGGGGUUAGGGGGGGCUGUCACUCAUAUUUCAGUAAGAAUCUGACUGCCUGGGUGUCCAAAGGCUGCUGGCUAAUGUGUUCCAGCCCCAAAUUAAAAGAAUUCUUUGAGAAUAAUUUAGAUAAAGAUACAGAAAUAUGUAUGGUAUGGGAGGCAAGUAAAGCAUAUAUAAGAGGUUACUUUAUACAGCAUAACUCGUGACUUAAAAAAGAGAGACAGGAGAACAUACAAAAAGAUUCUGUGUGAAAUUAGACAAAAAGAAAAAGAGCUGGGAAAAUCUCCAACAAAUACAAAUAUUACCUGGCAUAUUAAGAUGCUGCAGAGACACCUGUGCUAGCAACGCAGGAGAUAGAAGCAAAAUUGAAAUAUAUUCCUGAAUGCCAAAAUAAAUAGAUAUUGCAAUAAUAUCAAGAGUUCUGGUAUUAGCAACCCAGUUCAUCAUGGAAGUUUUAGUUUAUUGUAUGUGUGUUGAUGUGGCUACAUGUGAAACACGCCUUGUAGGUGAGAUUUGUGUUCUUCCUUAGUAAUGGUAAAUCAAGACCAUUAUUUGUGUGUGUUAAUUUCAUUUCAGGGGAUCACCAUAAUUAUCAGGGUAGAGGAAUCACAUCUAAGCGUACCAUCUUAUUUGCAUUCAUUAUUAUGCUCCCCUUCCUCAUCACCAUCAUUGCUCUUGCUGUCCAGAGAGGUGAGUUUUCUGCCUCUUUUCUUAGUGCUUUCUUCCAGGUCUGUCCCAGUCAUGACCUCUGUCUGCCAUCAGCACUUUGGCUUCUAAUAGCCAGUUCACACUUAGCAGCAGCAGAUAGGAAAACAGCUGCCUUUGGCUGAAUCCGUAUUAUCCAUGCUCUUGCCAAUGGCUCUCUGGGACUUUGGAGGGGAUCUUUCCCAGCCCUACCUAAAGAUACCGAAGAUUGAACCCAAGGCCAUCAGCAUGCAAAGCAGAUGCUCUUCCACUGAGCAACAAAGCUCCCCCAAGUUGUGUGAUUCCUCUACUGCUACUUCCCUUUCCUCUCUCCAAGAUGCAUCUGAAUCCAGGAGCCACAAGAGCUGCUUAUUGGUUCUUUCUUUGCCCUCCCUCCAAGCCAGAGGUUGAAAUGUUAUGUGCAGAUCCCAGAACACAGCAGAACUUUCUCUCUCUUGCAGGGGGGAAAUCCAACCAGACUUCCCCUGAUGGGAAUUACUCUGCUGCUUUGAGAGCAGCGUGCCCAGCUCCCUGGAUUGUCUAUGGAGGGAAGUGUUAUUUUUUCUCAGAAGAAGAAAGAAACUGGACUUCUGCCCAGAGCUUUUGCAGUUCCCAGGGCUCUUCUCUGGCUGCGAUUCAGAGUGAGCUGGAAAAGGUGAGACCAACAAAUGUAUAAAUGUUGGUGAGAAUUAUCUCCUGCACAACAAUAAGGAUGAGCUAUCCUUAUGGAAAUAUAAAGAGAAUCUGUGAGGUAAAUUGACUUUGUCAUAACUUGAUGAAAACAAAUUAUCCAUCCUGGAGCCCUUAUGAUCAAGGAUAAUAGGAAUUGUAGAUCAAUUUCCCAACAAGUUCCCCAUCCGUGCCAUAUAGGCUUCCUUCAGCCACUUUCCUAUCCUUGAACCUCCUUCCUCCCUUUUCAGCAAAGCUUUCCUUCUGCUAUCUAAGCCUCACUUUCUUUGCAUCUCCAGUCUCACUGCCCAGGUCUGUGUUGGGAGUUCUUGUUCUCCUCCCACAUUUGGCAUUAUUUGAAGUAGAAGGCUCAUUUGGAGGCACUGUUCUAAGCUGUUUGUGUGUUUGCAACCAAGGUGUUCAUGCUCCGGUUCAAGGGCGAAGCUGACCAUUGGAUUGGCCUCCGGAAGGACUUCAAUGAUACCUGGAUAUGGGCAGAUGGAUCAGAAUACAGUAACAGGUGAGUCUUUGCUCUUCUCUUGAAUUGGGACUAAGCAGGAGCCAUGCUGUGUACACUGAGUUGAUCAAACCUGAAUCUGCAACCAAAAAUCACUCCAGAAUGUGAACUUCAAGGAAUCAGAAUUGCACUCAAAGCAUAAACCUCUCAAUAACCUUCCUGAUAUGUCGGGGUUUCUCACCUCUGAUCAGACACACAGAAACCAUCCACACUGCUGACAAGCUUCAGCUAAGGCUCUUGAGCUCCUCUGGUGUGGAGAAAGUCCUUGUCCUCUCACUCUCGUAAGACUUAAGGUCAAUCAAUUAAGCUGAACGGUAGGCGAUUCAGGAUGUAGUAAUGUGUUUCUUCACACAUUACAUAUUAUGGAAUCGACUCCCACAAGACGGACAGCUUUAGCUGGGAAUUAGACAGACUCAUGGAGAACAAGACUGUUGAUGGGACCUGAUAAUGAGACAUAUGCGGCCUCCAGGAACUGAGGUAGUGUAGCUUUGAAUACAAGUAGAACAAUCAUUCGAAAAGGUUCUAGUAAAAACAUAAGUAUUUUAUUGAUUUUUCAGUAGACAGUGAAGAGAAUGGAAUCAAUACAAAAUAUCAAAUACAGAUAAUCUGUCAUACAACCAAAGUACAAAACCACACAGGGUGAAGCUUAUCCGUGGAUCAGAUCUCUCCAUAAUGUUACAGGUGGUUUGAUUAGAGAGGCAGAUUUAUGAGUAUAAUCAAGAAACAUAAGCCACAUACUCUCACAAUUUCUUAAUCUGCUAUCUAACAAUCCUGCCAAGCUGUGCCAAACUCCAGUAGCGCUGUCUCCCAGACUGGUAAGCCAGUCAUGUAACACAGGCCCCAAAUCAAUGGAUUCAAGAAAGCAGAUUCCGACCAAAACUCAGGAAGAACCUUCUGGUAGUAAGAGCUGUCCGAGAGUCAAACGGGCUCCCUUGGGAGGUGGUGGUCUCUCUUUUAUUGGAGGUUUUGUAGUGGUUGAGAGCGGUAGUCUCGUAAUCUGGGGAACUGGGUUCGCGUCUCUGCUCCUCCACAUGCAGCUGCUGGGUGACCUUGGGCCAGUCACACUUCUCUGAAGUCUCUCAGCCCCACUCACCUCACAGAGUGUUUGUUGUGGGGGAGGAAGGGAAAGGAGAAUGUUAGCCGCUUUGAGACUCCUGAAGGGGAGUGAAAGGCGGGAUAUCAAAUCAAACUCUUCUUCUUCUUCUUCUGCCAAGGGUUCUUUAGCUGUGAUGAACACAAUGGGGUUUUCUUCUGAGUAGAUAUGUGUACAGGAUUGCACCAUAAGUCUCUGAGCUUCAGAGUUAUGAAAUACUGAUGAUCUGGAACUAAGUUCCCAUUUCUAAUGGAUCUGAUUCUUGGCUACAUAGUUCGUGACACUGUCCCACUCAUGCAAAACAGAGCAGCCAACCUGGCUUGCCCAUCUCACCUUUCCUCCUUGUAUUGCAGGUUGGUGGUGAAAGGAAGUAAAAACUGUGCCUAUCUAAGCAAGGAGUUUGUCAUUGCCUCCCGCUGCCAUAUACCGAUAAAGUGGAUCUGCAGUCACCCUGAUGCGUAUAUGAGGGAUGUAAACUCUACAGCAGGAAAAGUCAUAUGCCAAGAGAAAUUAUGCUAA